UAUAAACGUCCGUGUGCAACAUCAUAACAGGAACUAUUAUUAUUAUUAUUAUUAUCACUAUUGCAGUAGUUCAGGUUGAACACGUAGCUCAGCGUGAUAAAUAUUGAAGCUUUUUUCAUCUCUAUUUUAUUUACAUUUCAAUGUUUGAAGAUGGAACAGAAGUUAGCAGAGUUCAGAGCCAGGAGGAAAGUGGAGAAGGAAGAGAAGAAAGCAGAAGAUGUGGAGGAAAGUGGUUUAAAAGCAGCCGAGUCCGAGACAAACACAGAACCGAGUGAGAGGAGCACCCAGCCUGAGCAACACCCACCUGUACAGCAGGACAGCUCGGACUGGUUGCUGGACAGCGCGGUGGGCCGCUGGCUGGGCGUGGACCGUUUGGCCGUCACUAACCUGACCCUGCUGAAGGUGCUGCUGUGGCUGGUUCUGCUGGGUCUCUUCUGUGAGCUGGACUUCGGGCUUCCCUUCUUCCUCAUCUCUCUGUUCUACUGGCUGUACGAGGGUCUGCGCAGCCCCACGCUCAGGAGACCCGGAGAGAUGAGCGCCUACUCCGUCUUCAACCCCGACUGCCAGCCCAUCCUGGGGACGCUCACCGCCGAACAGCUGGAGGGCGAGAUGGGCUACAGACUCCUAAACACCGGGGCACGGACGUAACGCACGAGACCCUGACGGAACCGCUGGAAUUCGGAACAUCCAGGUCCGAGUGCAACGGUCAGACUUCAGCUGGAGCCUCGGGGGCUGAACGAGGACGUCGGUACAUUUAUAUAAAUUACUGAUGAAAAAAGAAGAAUGUUUUUAUUUUAUAUAUUUAUCUACACAUGAAACUAUGAAAUUCUUUCUUUGUAUAUCCCAGCUAGUUUGAAAGCUGGGGUCAGAGCGCAGGGUCAGAGCGCAGGGUCAGUCAUUGUAUGGCACCGGAGCAGACGGGGUUAAGGGCCUUGCUCAAGGGCAAUUUUCUGACUGAUAGCCCAAAGCUCUACCCACUAGGCUACCACGGUCCAAUAAGAACCUUUUUUUAAAACAAGAAUUUAUGGCGUGUCUGAGGGAAUUUGUGCCUGUUCAGUCAAAAGAGCAUGUGACGUCGGGCACUGAUGCUGGAUGAGAAGGUUUUUGAUCACCAUGACCCUGACCAGGCGGUAAAAACAAUUUAAAACUGUAGUCGUGCCAAACAAGGGCCAUAAAGUAUGUAGAUGUAGAAAGUGUGUAAGCAUGCAAAUUCUUUAGCAUAAUUACUAAAACACAUGAGCUUAAUUAGGAAGGACGUCCACAUACUUUUGGACAGGAUUUUGUAAAUGGCAAGUUUAUGUUUUUUACAGGUUCUAAAUUCCUAUUUCACGUUCAGUUUGAACAGUUUGUAGGAUAAACCAGAACAUCAUCAUCAUCAGUACCCAGCCUUACUAAUGCUCUGUUGUACUACAGAAUGAGCACAAAUUCCCACAGACACACUUUAAAGCCUUGUGAGAAGCUUCUCAGAGGAGCGGCUGCUGUUCUAGCUGAGAGAUCACACAGAGGAUCAGUCUGGUUUUUUUUUUAAAUGGGACGUCCGACAAGCUAAUGGUCGGGCGUCCGAAUACUUUUGACCAUACCAGCUGAAUACAGAUCAGCUACUUACAGUUCAGAAAGUCAUUUAAGUGAAUUUAAUAAAGUAAAAGUCGUGGGUCUCAGACUAUAAA